GAAGUCUACCAUUGGAGAAGUUUUUGAAAACGGUAAAACUCUUUAAAUGAUAUGCAUGGAUUGUAGGUGAUAUGCUUGGAUUGGUAUUGUUUGAAAUUAAAAAAAAAGGAGUUUUUCCGGUGCAUAAGAUAAAAUCUAGAGAGAGGAAGACUCCUCACGUAGAAGGACUGUUAUUUGCUAUAAAAAAGCUCUAACAGAUAGGUAGAAGGGGAGGACUUUCGGCACAUAGAAAAAAAAAAAGAAAAGAGAGAGAGAGAGAGGCGGAAAAAUUGGAUUUUCAGGGAAGACUUUCUAGUGAGAAGCUGUCGGUGGAGAAGAAGGAGAGGGCGGUUGAAGAAAUCUCAGACGACAAACCAGUGGGAUCUCCUUGCCAGAAGAGGGCGUUCCUCGGUAUGUUUGUUGAGAACUCCUUACUUAUUGAUAUUAUCACUUUGUUCUGUAUCCUCUCUGGUUAGUGUUCUUUUACCAUUGUUUUUUUGUUAGGAUAUGAAAGUGAUAUUGGUCUUCUCUUCUCUCAUAUUCUUUUAGUUUCAUCUAAUCAUAAAUCUAAACGUAGUCUCAAUCACACCACUGGUCUGCGAAUCUAUCGACUUCAGAAAGAAACCAGGAUCCCAUUUAAUGUCUAGUUUCCUUGUUUAUUUUGUUAUGGAUAUCCUGUAUUUUGUUUCGUUUACUACUCUACAUCUAAUAUCCCGAUCCAUGUCCCUGUUUUUGGCUCACAUCUUUGAAUUUACUCCGGACGUUUGGUUUCGUGUUCUGAUUUGCACUUGAGAGAGAGGGUUCAGUACAUGACAAGCCAUAUAUCGUGUUAAAUGGAAAUUUGGAUUUUUUUUUCACUGGAGAUUUUAGAUUUCAAAAAUUGGUUUGCAUAGGAACUCUUCCCGAAGUCGGACCUUCGACAAGCCAUUCAAUUCCUAGUCAUUCCUAAUCUCCAGCGUUCCUCUAUCUGAAUUUCAGAUAGAUUUGGUUACCCACUUCCCGAAAACACUAGAAACUAAGUCCACUCCUUUUAGGUCACUGCUUUCUCAUCAUUCGCGGGAUGGGUCUUCCACAUCUGCUUGUGUUCCUGUUCCUAACUAGUUCGUUGCGAUCUUCUCGUUUUGAAGCCCUAGAUGAUCAAAGUUUGGUUCCUACUUCGCCAUGGUCUUGGAACAGAGAAACUAAACCACCAUUCUCUUCAUACCUUCCUCGAGAAAUUGAACCCACUAUGGUGGGUGCUGGGCUGGUAAAUCUAGGCAACACAAUGCUUUCUUAAUGCAGUGCUCCAAUGCUUCACGCACACUGUCCCCCUUGUCCAGAGCCUUCGUUCUUGCAAUUAUGCCAUGCCUUGUCAUAGUUUGUGUUUCUUCCAUUGGUUUCUGUUUAUAUUAAAGAAUGAUCCGACUUUGUUAGUUCCAUCGUAAUAUCCAGAAGUUCCUUCUUCUUUCUUCCAUGUUCAAGCCUGUUGAAAGUGCAUGUAUGAUACAUGGCUUUGAAUGAUUGCCCAUCUACGUGUUUCCCUUCCCCUUGCCAUCCUUUUGCUAUAUCUUAUAGCCUUUGUUCAUGGUUUGUGGGUCGGGUUGCAAGAACGUCUUAUCGUUUGCAAUGAUUAGCACCCGAGCCAUCCUCAUUUGGCUGAUCAAUGUCACUGGGGAAGUCCUUGGAGGGCGGUUGCUACUCUUGAUAUUACAGGUGAUAUGGUGGUAUUUGUGGGUUUUGUUGAGGGUAUUUGGGUUCAGAUCGAAACUGCCCAUCUGAGGUCCUGGAUGAAAGAAUCAAUCCUGUGUCAGUUGUUUGUCUCAAUUAUCUAUAAGAUAGACAAGUGUCCUUAUUAGCAACAGGUGAAAGAAUGGGUAUGCAGAUAGAUCCAAGCCAAGUUGGAGAGUGGUGUCGGACACGCGCUUGAUGAAGGAAACAUUGAGGUUCUUGGAUAUAAACAUGGUCCUACCAUCAGAUCUGAUGUGACAACCAAUAUGUUGUGUCACAAGGAAGAAAUAUUUGAACCAAUACUUCUCUGCAUGGCCAUGAGAAUUCCGAGUAUAUAUACUCCUCGACUGGGACGACGUUCAUAAUGUUGGCCACGUGUGAACUAUUUUUUUUGAAGAUUUGAAGCUUAAUAGGUUGGAGUAUGGGGCAGACCUCUAGCACUGCUAGGUUUGCCUGACACAGGUGGACAGAUUGCUUAUAUGCUGGAUCAAGUGCGUGCCUUGGAAAAUGAGAUGCUUCUUAAGAUACAAAAGCAAGGACUUGAUGUCAUUCCUAAAAUUCUCAUAGUUACCUGACUUAUACCUGAUGCAAAGGGGGCCACACGCAAUCAGAGACCUGAAAGAAUCAGUGGUACAGAACAUACACAUAUUUUUUGAGUGCCAUUUAGAACUUGAAAAUAUGCACAUAUUCUUUUUUGAUCCUUGCUGCCAGUUUUCACUCAACCACUGACCCUUUAAUUUCAAAAUUCAUUUUGACAACUUUAGGAUAUCUGUAAAAAAUUUCCAGAAAUUUUAUGACUUUCCUCACUUCUUGAACUUGAAUUUGAGGUUUUGUUUGAGUUAGAAAGUCAUUCUGAGAUAGAAGAUAUAAAUGAGUCUUUAGGAGGACUCCGUUUUCACAUAGUUCUGGACACCCAAGAUCUUUUGGAAAAAAUAAAAUACUAGAGGACUUUCUAAAAUUGAUUCAACAUUUUUUCUCAAUUAUAAGCUUCUUGAAAUUGAUUUUAGACACAUAAAAUAUUAGAAAAUAUGCAUUUUUGAGGGAGAUAUGAUUUUUCAAAGUUGUGCCUACUGCGCAUGCUGGAGUUUGUACAUCUGAUUAGAUUUAUAGUUUUAAAAAUAUUUUUGAGUACUAUUCGACCCCGAAUAUAUUUUUUAUGUGAUAUAGACAUUUUGAAAUAUGUGUGUGAUUUUUUUUAUGAUUUUAUAGGAUCAUUUAUUAUUUUUUAAAAAUCCAUUUAUGCACGUCACUUUUCCUUAUCUAAUCUGGACUUUGUAGAACCUUUAGGUGCCUUUGCGAUAAUCUGUCUUUUGAAUGAGUGUUUGGCUUUCGGUAUGUUAAUCUAGGUGUGUAGGAGUUGUUUCCUGAAAUUUUUUGUAAUCAAAUUCCACUCUAAACCAUUUUUUUAGAAAUUGUUUUAUGAUGCUUCAUUUUCUAACCGCAUGCUGAUGGUUUUAUACCUUACUUGAAAUUGUUAUUAUUUUUGGAGUCAUUUAAUUUGUCUUAGCUCAAUUUUGGCUUUGAAACUGUAUAUUAGAUAUAAUGGAUAUUUCAUAUAAUUUAUGCUUGCCCUAACCAAUUUAGUAUUUCUCGAGGAAUCUUAUAAAAUAUACUUGCUAUCCAGGUACGUUCUCUAUCCUCUAAUUCCAAAAUUCUAUGAAAAUGCAUGCUAUCAUGAGCUAUAUCCAUGCUUUGAUUUAAUCCUUGGGUGCUUAGAUGUAUGUUUGACUUGCUUGGAUGAAAUGCAUGUUGCGUGCUAUAUCUCUAUACUAACUUUGAUGUCUUGUGAUAGCGCUUGAAAAGUCGUUCAGGUACGCACUUCGAUUCCCUCUCAUGGUUUGUUUUCUUAUUAGGCAUGCAAUAUUUGAAAUCACCUAGUCUACUUAGGUAUCCAUGAUCAACCAUUUAAUUGCCACGCUUCCCUUAACUUAGUCAGUAGAGACCUUUUUAGGGCUUAGAGGGGUGCUACCUCCUAAAGGUACCUUCCCAAUAAGUAACCUGAUCCCCGGACUUAGACUCGGGUUUCUCAAAGACAUGCUUUUUCCAAAACUAUGGAGUCACUUUUUAGGGUUUUUCUUUCUUGUUUUAUUUUCCCUUCAAAAUAAAAAUAAAAUAGGUGGCGACUCCAACUCUUUUUCAAAAAUCAAUUUUUUCACAAAUAAAAAGCGAGUCUCGCCGAUCGAGUGGGGGCGCACGUGAAAAAUGCGGGUCCACAAAUUGGCGACUCCACUGGGGACUUUGAGGAUCAAGCUUGAACACUAGUUGAGGAAAAUGUGGCGUUUAAUUGGUCGAUUAGUGGGUACCUCCUUUUUAGGCAAGGUGAUUCGAUUUGCUUACUUGUUUGGUUUGCUAUCUUACCAUGUUUGAUUGCCUUGGAUGAUCACUUGAUUGUUUUGCUCACUUUAACAUGAUUCACUCUCACAUAUGCUAGAUAGGACUUUGAUUGUUUGAUAUUUGUCUGCUUCGCAUGAUUGCUUGUUGCAUGACAACCUUUUCUCUUGCAUGUUCGUAUGAUUGCUUGUCUUCGUUCACUAUCUCACUUUAGAUCUUAGGUUUUUCGGAUGCACCCACAUCCUUCAUUGUGCACUUUAGAUUAUCCUUGAGUGUUGAGAGAUGGGAGAGCCUUCACCAUUAAGAAACCCCCUGGGAACGCGAGGAAGUGCAUGUGUGGAGGUGAUGACCACCUUGCAUGGAAGCACCCCGUCUCUUUGGAGGCGUGCAGAGGGUUGCGUACCGCCGGAGGGUACGAUCGCUUCUGCUAGGGAUCCUUUGACCCACCCAUUUUAUCCUAUAGAGCCGCCUUAACCUUGUAGGUUAACCUAGACCCAAUUAAGAUUUCAUUUCUACACGUGGGUGCAUCUGUGGACCUUCAGAGCUGCCUUGGUCACAAUUGGAUUCGGUUAUCCCUUCCUUAGUCUCCUUUUGGUGUAAUCAGAGGAGGUUAUCAGAUUGAGUACAUUUGGGCUAUUUUCUUGCACACUUAUCAGCUGAUUCAUACAGAGUCGCUUUCGUACCGCACCUUAUCCAGUGUUUCCAUAUUUGUAGGAGAGUUUAUCGUGACCAUUCUGGAUUCACCUUUGUGGAUUAGAGUUGGAGGCAGAUUGACCAGAGUAUCAGACCAGUUAGACCAGAGAUCAGAUCAGGGGGAUAUGGAUUCUCAGAUAGUUACCGUUGACCAGUUUGCUGCGGCCAUGGCUUCGAUCCAAGAGGCUAUAGCUAGCCUUGGCCAGAGGAUAGAUGGGCAGCAGGCCCAACAGGUCCCAGUUCAGGAGGAUACCCAUUUUGAUGCCACAGUACCACCACCACUUCCGCACAGUCAGCCAGCACCACAGACUAUACCUUUUACUCUGCAUAGUCAGACUGAGGUUGCACCACCUCCUGCCAUAGUGCCUACUCCGAUCUCAGAGGACCCACAUGCUCGUAUGGAUAAACUUGAGCAGAAGUUGAGACAGAUGAGGACUUCAGAGGGAGCUAUUACUUGGGAGGAUUUUGAUGGAGCACCAGUGGCCAGUCUACCGGCUAAGUUCAGGAUGCCUGAGAUUGAGAGAUACACAGGCAUAGGAUGCCCUCGCAUCCAUUUGAGACUCUAUAGUACUGUUAUGGGGGCCCAUGGACUAGAUGAUGCCCAGAUGGUUAUGCUCUUCCCUAUGUCAUUGAGUGGUGCUGCACAGCGUUGGUUCGCUUCAUUGGAGGUAUCACGCCGUAGGACUUGGGAUGACUUAGCCCAGGAGUUUUUGAGACAGUUUGCAUUUAACACUGUCAUUGAUGUUUCGAGGAGAGAGUUGGAGGCUUUGAGACAGAGGCCGGAGGAGUCAGUCACUUCGUUUAUCUCCCGCUGGAGGGAGAAGAUUUCACAGAUUAUAGACCGUCCUUCAGAGAGAGAUCAGAUUAGCAUGAUCAUGAGGAGCUUGCAGCCUAGAUUUGCUAGACACUUGAUGGGAUUUCCUCAUACGGAUUUUGGAUCUUUGGUACAGGCUUUGUAUGGUAUAGAGGAGGGUAUUGCUAGAGGACUGUGGUCCGAGUCUUCCUCUAUUGAUCCUAAGGGGAAGAGGCCUUUAGGAGGGCAGAGAUCAGGAGAUGUUGGUGCUAUCAGUUCAGCAGGGAUGAGACCUUCUAGACGCUAUCAGACAAUUGGGCAGACUCCUGGGUACUACUAUCCACCUUCACCCCAUGUGCAGUAUAGGCCACCUGUUCCCUCCAGACCUAUGACUCCUACCUAUUUGCAUCCAGACUCACAGCCUGUUUUUGCUGCACACGUCGCAGAGAGGCCUCUUGCCCCAUAUACUCGACCCCGAGCUCCACAGACCACUACUUAUGUGCAGAGGCCACCACGUCAGUUUACUCAGUUGGGUAUGCCUUUGAGUCGAGCUUUUCAGAAGCUCGCAGAAGGUGGAUUAUUGGCUCCAUUAGCAUCCAGGCCUUUACCCCAGCUCAUACCACCUCGCUUUAGGAUGGACUUACAUUGUUCCUAUCAUCAGGGGCCAGGGCAUGACACGGACCAUUGCACUGCUUUGAGACAUGCUAUUCAGGAUUUGAUAGAUCAGGGUUUGGUCAACUUGGGGCAGCCAAGUGUGACCACUAACCCUCUUCCUGCUCAUUCUACACACGUAGUGCAUCCAUCUUCAGGAGAUAUUCAUCACAUGGACCUUAUAGAGGAUGACAGUAUACACAUGUUGAGUUGGGAUGAUGGAUUACCCGAGCCGAUUGUUUUGCAUGACAGUUAUGAGGUUGAUGGGGUUUCAGUGGUCCCUCAAACUCCUGCACCAUUCAGUUUGAUCCCAGACGAGGCACCAUUCCAGUUGACUCAUCCUACACCCUUAGUUAUCGGAUGUCAGGAUGCCUUUAUCCCAUUCACUUUAUGGCCAGAGGAUGAUGAUUCAGAGGGGAGGGAGAUACAGAUUGUGACUCGUAGUGGGAGGAUAGCUCAGCCACCACCACCAGCAGUCAGACCAUUUGAGGGUACAGCCUCUCAUGAGGAGGUUAGGAGAGAAGAUGAUGAGGUUUUGAGACAGCUACAGAGCACUCAGGCUCUCAUUUCCAUCUGGAGUUUAUUAGCAUCAUCCAGUACUCAUAGAGAUGCUUUGAUUCGAGCCUUGAGUCAGAUCAGAGUAGAGACUACCACCACUCCAGAGGGAUUGAUUCAUAUGAUGACGGCUGGUAGAGCCACUUGCAUUGUAUUUUCAGAUGAUGACUUGCCACCUGAUGGUUUAGACCACGUGCGCCCUCUAUACAUCACAGUGGGAUGUUCAGGCCGUAGAGUCCCGUCUGUCCUACUAGACAACGGCUCAGCCCUGAAUGUUUGCCCUUUAGCCACUGCUAUAGCCCUUGGUUUCGCGCCUUCAGAUUUUGGUCCUUCUACUCAGACAGUCAGGGCGUAUGAUAGCACCAAGAGGGAGGUUAUGGGUACCUUGAUGAUUGAUUUGCAGAUUGGUCCAGCCACAUUUUCCACUUUGUUCCAGGUUUUGAGGAUUCCUACAUCCUUUAACCUGCUACUGGGCCGACCAUGGAUUCAUGUAGCUGGAGCUAUUCCUUCUUCCCUUCAUCAGAAGGUGAAGUUCAUUCAUGAUGGGCAGGUUAUCACAGUACAGUCUACCAGGGAUAUGUUAGCCUAUUCCGAGCCAGUACUUCAGAUUAGUCACAGUGAGGAUGACCUAUGUUUGACUGGAUUUACUUUUGAUGAGAUACAGACUCUCGAGAUUGAGGAUUUUCAUAGAGACUUUGUGGCUAUGUCGUUUGAUCAGCACAGUAGCACAGUGGUCCUUGAUAUGAUGAGGGGUAUGACCUUUCUACCUGGCAUGGGGUUAGGACGACGUCAGCAGGGACCGAGCGAGUUCAUAGCUGCCAUUGACCAUGAUACGACAUUUGGACUUGGAUUCAUCCCUACUGAGGCCGAUUACCGUCACAUGGCGCGGCUGCGCAAGGAGAGGGUGAGAGCCCGUUUAUCCCACACACCAUUUGAUUAUCCUAUUCGACCCUAUAGGAUGAGUUUGGCUGACUACUUUGUCAGAGGAUCAGAGACUCGACCUCAUUUAGAGGAGAUUGAUAGUGUGGUUCAUACAGAUAGAGAGACCGAUCUUCAGCAUCUAUUUCACCAGCUACAGUUGAGUGAUGGGGCUCUCGACACUUUUUUCCCUAUGACGAUUACUCCCACGUCUCCAGAUCGAGCUAGCAUGUUGUCUCUAUGCUUUCCAGAGGAGAUCACGAGUGAUGGGGUGAUUGUUGAUCCUACUGAGGUGAUUGAUGGAGUUGUUCCCCAUGAUGAGUACCGUGAUGAGAUGGACAUGAUGACCGUGAGCCAGAUUGCCGGCAUUGUUCAGCUUCAGCCUGUUUCAGCAUUUGAUAUGUUUGGGGUAUCUACCAUUGAGGUUUUUGAGGGGACUCAGACUCUUCCUGUUCCAGAGCUUCCAGAGGAUGAUAGUAGUUUGUUUGAGGGCAUUGUUAGCCCAGUUGAGGGAGCGUCCGACCUUGUGGACCCACCUCUUUCUUUUGAUGUUUUAUCGGGAUUUGUCUGCCGCUCUGACGAUGUUUCUGUUGCUUCAUUUAUGGAUUUGAGCAUUUUUGAGUAUUCGCCUGUCUCUUGUGAUAGUAUCUCUACAUCUGCACCCCACUCACCCAUUACACAGAUAUUUGAUAUAGAUGAUGAGAUUGCACAGCCCGGUUCGGAUAGGGACUCUUUGGAUCAUGACUCUGGUCCCAUAGAUGAGAGAGUUUCACCUGCUGCAGGGGACAUUGAGAUUGUUGAUUUUGGCACAGAGGAUCAACCUAGAGAGCUGAAGAUUGGUUCAUCCCUAUCUACAGAUGAGAGAGAUAGACUCAUCCAUUUACUCAGGUCAUAUUUGGAUGUCUUUGCAUGGUCUUAUGAGGACAUGCCAGGUCUUGAUCCCUCUAUAGUCCAGCACCAUUUACCUACCCUACCACAUGCUAGACCAGUUAAGCAGAAAUUGAGACGGUUGCAUCCACGUUGGAGUCUACAGGUAAAAGAGGAGAUUCAGAAACAACUCAGUGUUGGGUUCAUAUCAGUAGUUGAGUAUCCAGAGUGGUUGGCUAAUGUCAUCCCUGUUCCUAAAAAGGAUGGCAAAGUUAGGGUUUGUGUUGACUUCAGAGAUCUCAAUAAAGCCAGCCCUAAAGAUGACUUUCCCCUUCCACACAUUGAUUUGUUGGUUGAUGGCACCGCAGGCCAUUCGAUGUUGUCUUUCAUGGAUGGGUUUUCAGGGUAUAAUCAGAUUUUGAUGGCUCCAGAGGAUAUGGAGAAGACAACCUUUAUUACUGAGUGGGGUACCUACUGUUACAGAGUUAUGCCAUUUGGGUUGAAGAACGCAGGAGCCACUUAUCAGAGAGCCGCUACCACUUUGUUUCAUGACAUGAUGCAUAGGGAUGUCGAGGUUUACGUGGAUGAUAUGAUCGUGAAAUCCCGAGGUAGAGCAGAUCACUUAGAUGCUUUAGAGAGAUUCUUUGAGAGGAUCCGGAAGUUUAGAUUGAGGUUGAAUCCCAAGAAGUGCACCUUUGGAGUGACUUCUAGGAAAUUAUUGGGGCAUAUGGUCAGUGAGCGGGGCAUAGAGGUCGACCCAGAUAAAAUCAAAGCCAUACUUGACAUGCCUGCACCAAAGACUGAGAAAGAGAUUAGAGGUUUUCUGGGCAGAUUACAGUACAUUAGUCGGUUCAUAGCCAGAUUGACAGACAUAUGUGAGCCUAUCUUUCGUCUUUUGAGGAAGAACCAGCCAACAGUUUGGAAUGAUGACUGUCAGUUUGCAUUUGAGAAGAUCAAGGAGUAUUUGCUUUCUCCUCCUGUUUUAGUGCCUUCUACGCCAAGACGUCCACUUCUUCUAUAUUUGUCAGUUUCAGACAUGGCCUUGGGAUGUAUGUUAGCUCAGAUUGAUGACUUAGGAAAGGAGCGAGCUAUUUACUACCUGAGUAAGAGGAUGUUGGAGUAUGAGAUGAGAUAUGUUAUGAUUGAGCGCCUUUGCUUAGCACUAGUUUGGGCUACCAGGAGAUUGAGGCAUUACAUGACAGAGUAUUCAGUGCAUUUGAUAUCCCGUCUAGACCCAUUGAGAUACUUGUUUGAUAGACCUGCAUUGACUGGUAGAUUGAUGAGAUGGCUCGUACUUUUGACAGAGUUCGAUAUUCAGUAUGUUUCUCAGAAGUCUAUUAAGGGAAGUAUUGUUGCCGAUCACUUAGCCUCACUACCGACAUCUGAGGACAGACCAGUUGAUGAUGAUUUUCCAGAUGAGGAGUUUGUUGCUAUGACCAGCUUAUCGGGAUGGUGCAUGUACUUCGAUGGUGCAGCCAAUCAGUCAGGGUAUGGGAUUGGUGUUCUAUUGGUAUCCCCUCAGGGCGAUCACAUUCCGAGGUCCGUUCGUUUGGCAUUCUCUGAUCGACAUCCUGCCACGAAUAACAUAGUUGAGUAUGAGGCUUGUAUCCUUGGUUUAGAGACUGCAUUGGAGCUUGACAUUAGACAGAUGGAGGUGUUUGGUGACUCCAAUCUGGUACUCAGGCAGAUUCAGGGGGAUUGGAAGACUAGGGACGUGAAGCUUAGGCCAUAUCAUGCUUAUUUAGAGUUGUUGGUUGCGAGAUUUGACGACUUGAGAUAUGUUCAUCUGCCUAGAGCGCAGAACCGUUGCUAACGCC